GCCUAUCGCGUCCGUCUCUGGCGGUGGCUAGCCCAGCAGCCAGCCAAUAGCGCGGGGCUUGUGUCUGUGCGCUGGGGUUUUGCGGGGGGGUGUCUUUGCUUCCAUGUCCCCGGACGGGAGCGGGGUGCCUCGCCGGGAUCGCCCCUCCCUUUUGGAAAGGGAUCGGCGCUGCACCUGCUCAGGGGCAGGGGGGAGCGAUCGGGCUGGAAGGGGGACACCCCCCUUCCCCCCCGCAGCCAGGAUCCAGCAAGAACCUGGGGAUCCCCUACCCCCCUCCCUUGAAGCAGCACUGUCUCUGAGCGGAAACCCUGACGCCCCCGCGCCGUCAUGUCGACCAUCAAUCCAGAAUACGACUACUUGUUCAAACUCCUCCUGAUCGGGGACUCUGGAGUCGGCAAAUCUUGUCUCCUGCUGCGCUUCGCGGAUGACAAUUACACGGACAGCUACAUCAGUACCAUUGGGGUGGACUUCAAGAUCCGGACCAUUGAUCUGGAGGGGAAAACUAUCAAACUCCAGAUAUGGGACACAGCCGGCCAGGAGCGCUUCCGGACGAUCACGUCCAGUUACUACAGAGGUGCCCACGGUAUCAUCAUUGUGUAUGAUGUAACGGACCAGGACUCGUUCAGCAACAUGCACCUGUGGCUGGAGGAGAUCGGCCGCUAUGCCAGCGAGAACGUCAACAAGCUGAUCGUGGGCAACAAGAACGACCUGACCUGCAAGAAGGUGGUGGAUUACACCACGGCCAAGGAAUACGCAGACGCCCUGGACGUGCCGUUUCUGGAGACCAGCGCCAAGACCGCCACCAACGUGGAGCAGGCCUUCGUCACCAUGGCAGCCGAGAUCAAGAACCGGGUGGGCAGCGGCCUCCCCCACAGCGACAGCCGCCAGCCCAACCCCCGCAUCCAGAGCGCCCCCCUGCGGCAGGGCCAGGCGGGCGAGGGCGGCGACGGAGGUGCGGGCUGCUGUUAGGGAGGGGGUUUACCCCCCACCACCACCUACCCCAUGGUGGGGAGCUUCUCCAUGUCUGGGACUAUGGCUGGAGGCCAGGACUGCUGGGUGGGGGGGGGCCCUUUGCAGCACCCUAUUUAUCUGCAAUAGAUUUUUACAGGCUGCGAUCCAAUUCCCCUUAUCCCUCUCCAACCGCGUGGGUACACACUCUCCCUUCGCUAGCCAAGAGAGACUCAGGGCCGGCUACUGAUCUGGGCUCCUGGCUGACCGCGCUACUCCAAGAUCCAUCCUCCCCUCCCGCUGUCAUUCCCGAUCCCCACCGCAUGGCCAUACAGCCAGCCCUGCUCUCCAGCCUUCAGGCCUCUGGAAGGGCACAAGCUGCUCCGAACGGAGCCGGGCCCAGGAAGGAGUCCCCCGAAUGCCAGAGGACGCGUGGAGGAAGAAGUGGCUUCUCGUUAAGGUGACCCAGCCACAGACCGAGCAGCGAGGAGCUGUGCUGUGAGGCCCAGGACAAAAGCCGAAAGCUCCGUAGUUUGCUUCCCCUCUUAACACGGCCUCAUGGGAGUCUGGCGCCAAAUUAGCGUCUUUUUCAUGCCCAAACGUGAAUGCUUGAAUUUCUCCCCCCCUCGGCUCCAGACUGAAGCGUGGCUUGAAAAUUCAAAGCUUGGGUGGAAAGACGACUCGAGCUGGGUCUCUAAGGCGAUUGCUGAUAGCAGGGGCCUUGUGAAUCCAGAGUGAGAUCCCGUGGCUGGGCAGAGUCGGCUGGAAAUCGGGGUGCAGGUUUUUAACCCCAUGGGUGUUAAUCCAGCGUGAGAUCCUGUGGCUGGGCGGAGUCGGAUGGGAAUCGGGGUGCAGAUUUUUAUGGUGUGUGAGGUACUGGUCCAGGUUACACAGGAGGUCCUAUGGGAUGAGCAGAAUGGGCUCUUCAAACCUUACGCGAACGGGGAGCUUUUUGACGAGAAAGAUUCGAAUGUGGGUCAAAUUUCAAU